AGUCUCCAGCACUGACAAGGAUUAGCAGCACCACCAGAGGAACUGAGAAUGGUCGACUGGAUCCAGUUGCAGAACCAGAUAUUAUUUGCCCUCCAGGAUGUGGAGAAAGUCUACUACCCUAUCCUCAUAUUUGUGGGUGUUCCUGCCAACAUAAUGACGAUUAUAAUAUUUUCUCGGCGAAAGUGUGGCCUGUCCAAAAACGUCACUCGUUACCUGGUUGCCAUGGCAGCGGCGGAUCUCCUGGUGAUCGUCAUCGACCUGAUCCUGAGGCACAUCCCGAUUGUUUUCUGGCACCGAUUCCUGUUUAUGGAGUCGCUGCAUGUGUGCAACAUCCACGCCAGCGUCCUGUUUGCCGCCAGCGACUGUUCUGUCUGGUUCACCGUCUCCUUCACCUUCGACCGGUUUGUGAACAUUUGCUGCCAGAAGCUGAAGACCAAGCACUGCACGGGCAAGAUGGCGGCCGCGGUCCUGGGAACGGUGACCGCGCUGAGCUGCCUGAAGAACAUCAGCUGGUAUUUCAUGCUCAGCGGGCAAUACUGGCUAUUGAACAACCCUUGGUUUUGGUUGGUGAUCUUGGAUCCGGAGGAGGUCACGUACAUCGAGGCCGAGGUGAAAGGGGUGAUAGGUCGAUCUGUGGUGUUGGAAUGCGGCCAGUCCUUGCCCACCAUUUACAUCUGGGGAUUCACCCGGCCUGGGUCCAGCGGCAUCCGAGCCGUGCUCUAUGACUACGGGAUGGGCGCCAAACUGCAGAAGAUGGCUUCCGCGUUCGGUGAGGUGAAAGUGCUCUCCGACAGUGCGUCGCUGGUCAUAGGCAAUCUGCAGCUGGCAGCGGAGGGCCGCUUCACAUGUCAAAGCUUGUACGACAGCAACGAUGGAGCCAGGCUGGUGUACAUCUAUGUGGACCUGCACGUCCUUGUUCCAAUUACCAACCCGUCCAUUCAGAUGAGCACCUCGGCGCCAGUGGAAGGCUCCACGGUUUCAAUCCUGUGUUCUGUGGAGAAUGGGACUGGACCGCUGGAAUACACCUGGAGCAGGCAGGCGACUCUGUCCAGGAGCCCCGUCAACAUCUCCCAGACAGACAGCAGCCUGCUCAACCUCACCACGGUAAACAGGAACCACACCGGCUGGUACACCUGCUCUGCCAGGAACGAGGUGAAUGAGGCCACCAGCAACCGGGUCUGGCUUGACGUCAUCUAUGGACCCGAUCAGCCAGCCAUCAACAUAACUCCCUACUCUCUCAAUUCAGUCGGUUACUCAGCCAUCGAGCAAGACACCGUGUCUAUGAUCUGUUCAGCCCCUUCCAACCCACCCAGCCAGUACGUGUGGUUCCACAACAACUCACAGGUCUACGCCGGGCAGCAGUUUGUCAUCGAGAGGAUCUCCCAAAGUCAGACGGGGACGUACAUGUGCCUUGCCCACAACACAGUCCUCAACACCAGAACUAAGUCUGCCAUCCUACUCACUGUCUACUAUCUGCCAGCCGGGAGGCCCAUCUGCACCGUGCUGUCUGUUAAUGAUAACCAGGAUAUUGCUCUGUGGUGCUCUUGGGAAGGUGGAGACCCUGCAGCGACCCUGCGCUGGGUUAAUCCGCUGAGUGGCAGCACCGAUGCUGAGGGAAGGUCCAGUGUUUCAAGAGUCAUCCAAGGCCAGGAGAUGGCACACAAUAGUACGUACGCCUGCAGACCUUCCCACCCAGCUCUGAGGGCUGACUGGUCGUGCAAAACCACCGCACCCCAGCAGUACAAUGGCAAGCAAUUCAUCUGCCAAGCGAAACAUCCGUUGACCAGAAGUAGGACCUGCAACAUUCAACUAGAGGCUCCCAACCUUCUCACCCUGAGAAAUGCAGUGACAGUUUUCGAGGGGAGUGAUGUCCACAUGACCUGUGUCCUCAAAGCUGCCUACCCCGCCACAGAGAUCGCCUGGCACAACAACAGGAACGAAAGCAUCUGGCUCAAGCCCAAGAAGUACCAGCUUCACCACGAGGCCUUCUGGUCAAACUUGACCAUUCGGGAGACAGACGGAGACGUGGACAAUGGAACAUACUGGUGCACAGCCGUCAACGUAGUGGGGAGCGCGACCAUGGGCAUCAAGCUCCGUGUGAACAAGUAUCCUACGCCGCCAAACGUCACGAUCAGCAAGCUGUUGUACGGCCGCCAGAGGACAGAGGUGGUCCUGGAGUGGAUAACCCGAGGGGUUGGCGAUUUAACCGGUUUCUUGGUGCAGAGACGACCAGCAAGGAGGUCCCUCGCUGGUCGGGCCACAGGCAACUUGAAGGCAUCCAUCAUCGACCCACACAUUCCCUGGCAGGUUGUCGCCAAUGCCAUUGACCCUGCGGUCAGGGGUCACAAACUGGGCGGGAUGGACCCUCGCGUCUUAUACGCUUUCCGCAUCUUGGCCGUCAAUCACAGGACCACAGGGUAUCCUUCAGAAGUGAAAACUCCAGCUGACCCACCGUUCAGUGCUUUGCCAGCGGUGAUUGGUGCUGCCGUGGUCGGGAUGCUGGUUGCCGUUGCCGGGACCAUGUUGCUGUUUCGCUACGUUAUACGGAACCGUGAAAACAUUCCAUGGUUACAUGACCUGCUGUUUCAACAUGAACUGCAGGAGCAGAUUAACUUGCCGGAGGACGCUGAGGUUGCGUUGCCAUCCGAGGGAGAUGAUCCUGAGGUUGCGUUGCCAUCCGAAGGACAAGAUGCUGAGGCCAGCAGGGAACAGGCGGAAGAGUCCAGUCCCGGAGCUUCGGGAGAGGAGCCAGGCACCGCAGAAGCUACCAUCGAGCCUCCAGUCAAUGAUGAGCAGGAUGAGGCUGCAGCAACUGAGCCACCAGCGUCCUGA